ACGACCGCCGCGCGCGAGACAGCCAGAAGCCAACAGCAGUCAACCACACAUUAGAGACCCGAUUUCUUUUGCCUUCGUAUUUUGGUUCUGCGUUCAGCGCAGCGGUGCGAUGUUGUUGGCUUCGCCUGAUGUCUGUCACGCUCAUCGCGUUCCUGCCCUCGCUCUCGCGGGGUAGUGUGCUAAGUGCUGAUGGGGUUGGUUUUAGUUGGUUAGUCUAGAGUUAGCCGCCGGGUCGAUCGGUCCGAUUUCAGAAUCGCGCAACGCGAGUUCGUACGCGGCAAGUUCGACCGGGACCUAUCCAGUUUUAGUUUGUUUUUCUGUGCGUCAGCUUGCGUAAACCACCAUCAGACAAACCGGGAAGUCUGGGUUGUGAUUGUGAAUACCUAAGUGGUUUGCAGAUUUGAACGAGAGGCGACGACUGCUGCAGUUGCAAUUCUGCCCCCAGAGUUCUGUGAAUGCAAGAUUGACAACGAGAGACAACAGCCGGACAUCCGCCGGACACGUGUAGCAGAAUGAUUUGAAGCAGCCCGAACCAUUCCCAACCGGUUGAAUCUUGCUGAGACCUCUGUCGUCUCCUGUCUCGCACCCUCACCUGUAUCUGCACUGUGCACUUUUCAAAAGCCUUCACCAUGGAUAACGAUAGUAUCGUAGUGGACGAGGAAUGGACCGGCAACCGGUCGACGACGGUAGCUCUAUCCAGAUCGUGUCCCACUGAGCUACCAACGGUUGUUCAAUAUUUAAAUGGAUUGGACACCGCCGUUACUGUGAUCAUAGCCAUAACCAUCGUACUUAGCUUCGCGACAUUUGUGAUAUGCGGCAAGAACAUCCGACAGGUGCUACGGUACACACCCAAGCGGUUCAAAUCCAAAACCAUCGUGGUGCUGAUAAUAUAUCCGGUAGUGACAACGUUGGCGAUAAUAUCCGCACUCGUUCCGAAAUCAUACUUCAUAUGCGAUACGGCAUCGCAUAUCUACUUUAUGAUCAGUGCCUACGUAUUCUACAG